AUGGAGGCCGAGCCGCUGCACAAAAGGGCGCUCGAUAUCGCGCGAAGCACCACCGGCCCCGGCCACCCCACGGCCGCCUACUCUCUUCACGGACUAGCAGUCUUGGCACAGGCCCGAGGGAGGUUCGAUGAGGCGGAAACGCUGUUCCGAGAAGCCCUGGGGAUCAACGAGCGGGCCCACGGGAAUCGCCACCCGGAGGUGGCCUCCUGCCUCAACAGCCUCGCUGCCCUCCUGCAGGCUCGAGGAAGCUACGACGAAGCAGAAAUCCUCUUCACGAGAGCGCUGGAAGUGGACGAGGCGUGUUUUGGGUUGGAGCACCCCCGGGUAGCGGCGGGUUUGCACAACCUGGCGGCGUUGCUGCAGGCACAAGGGAAGCACGAGGAGGCUGACAGGCUACAAAGGUGA